AGUCUCUGUCUGUCUGCUGGCCGGGGAUAAGUGGUGUCAACGUGUGGAGACAGCCACGUGCAGCAGUCUGGAUGGAGUGGUGCCGAGAAUGUGCCCCUUCGAGCCUCUUCUUAGAAAUUGGUCGACUUCACCACAUUCUCCAUACCUCCCCGGGCAGACUGCACAUGUUGUUGAGCUUUUAUUGUUCCAUUUUCUGAUGACACCGCC